ACCCUUUCCCUUGAUAAAUGGUCGAAAUUUCAAUUAAAUUAUUCAGAUCUUUUCCCUUAUAUGUUAGUAUAUAUGAAUUCUUUAUUUUGGCAUAAACUAAAAUCUCAAGGCACAGUCCCAAGCCCUCGCGAAGGCUUAUCCCUACUCUAUACAGCCAGACUUAGAAAAUGAAUCCUCUUUGGAGGCACAGGCGACCGAAGAUCAAGCGAAGUUUUUAUUUAUGAUCCAGUUACCGGACAAUGGGAAUCAAUCGAAGCUGAAGGAAAUGGCCCAAAAGGCCGUGGUUACCAUGUCGCCUGAAUUGAUGACGUUCACAACGUUAUGUUUGUCCAUGGUGGCCAAGGCGAAAAAAGAGACUCUUUAAGUGAUAUUUAUGCUUUAGAUUUAGAUCAGUGGAUUUGGAAAAAGCUUUAUAUCAUAGACCAACCAAGCGGAAGAGCUCAUCAUGCCGCUUGUAAGCUAAGAGACACCGUCUUUUUAUACGGAGGGUGCAGUGCUCCUGAAAAUUUGUUAUUAGACGACUUAUGAAGUUUUGUAUUUUUCGACAUUGACUGAAGUGCAAGUGGGACUGAAGUCCCAGCACCAGGCUGGGUUAGGCAUAAAACUAAAGGAUCAAGCCCUGGCCCUCGAAAAGGUCACACAUUGUGCAGCUACCAAGACACAUUGAUUUUAUUUGGCGGAGUUAGUAUCCAGAAAUACUCCUCAGAUCUAUAUAUUUUAAAUGUAAGCGACAUGAGGUGGCAUCGGGCACAACCUAGAGGCAAAGGACCAAGCCCAAGAGCGUUUCAUGCGACUGCAAUUUUAGAUAACAACUGUAUAGCAAUUUUUGGAGGGGUAGAGUCCUUAAGAGAAGGGAGAGCAGAAAGACUGAACAUUUUGAAUGAUUUUUAUAUACUAGAUUUAGAACAAAUGCAUUGGAGCGUUCCCAUUAUGGGAGGAUACUGCCCAAGCAGAAGAUAUGGGCAUGCUAUGUGCUGGGGGCAGAGUUCUGAAGAUAAAUCACAGUUAUUACUAUUAGGCGGCCUUGAGCUGAGCUAUUGUCCUAUUGAAGUGUAUUCACUUGAAAAAACAGAAGUAGGCCCUGGGCAAGCUUGACAGGUUUCUGUGUCCCAACAAGGAGAAAAAAUUCCUCAAAGCAAAGUUGAGAAUACAAUUCAUGAACAAAUGAAAAAAAUCAAUGAAUUGCAAACCCAGCUGUCUAUGAAUAGAGAUAAAAUAGUGAUUUUAGAGAACGAAAAACAAGUAUUAUCUGAUCAAAUUGAACAGGAGUCAAGAGAGUCAGCAAAACAAGUCAAAGUCCUAACAGAAAAAAUUGCAAUUUUAGAAGCCAGAGAUAAGCAGAAAACUGCUGAAAUUUCAUCAAUUAAAAAUUUGUUAGAUUUGCAGACAAAAAGAGAAAAAAUGCUAAUUGAUAGGACAGAUAAGCUGGAAGAUGCUGUAAAAAAGGCUGAAAGUUUGCUAAUUACAUUAGAUCACUCUUUUGCAGAAAUGGUAGCUUUAAAUAAUCAAGGACAGCUUAGAGGAUUGACUAAAGAAAGAAUUGAAGAAAUUUCCCAAAGAAAAAAAAGGCAUCAGGAAUCACUUGUAAAAUUAAGAGAUUUUUAUAUGAAAAACGUCAAAGAGCCUGAAGAAAACGAUAAACAAAUUGAUGAAAAUGCAGAAGAAUCGCAAGAAGAUAAAGACAGCUUGCAGGACUCUUUGGAAGAAGAUUAA